AUGUCCGGUUUGCACCUUAUCCAACAGUCCAUCCCCAGGGCUUCCUUAGCAUCUCCAUUCUGCCUGCGAGAGAAAGAGGACACAUCAGUGGUGAACCGUUCCUUGUCCACACCAGAGUCAGGUCAUGAUUCUUCUUCUUUGGAAGAUGUGAAAACCUCUGUUCUGGGGCUGAUGGUUAUUCUACAGACAAAACUAUACAUUCUGCCAGCCAGCCAUGCCAUGCGUGUGUACGAGAUGCUGAUUAAUCAUAUCCAGCUUCACUACAAAUACAAUUACAGCUCACCCAUUGCUACCAGUAUACGCCUCCAGGUUUUUGACUUCCUCCUACACCUCCGAGCUGACUCCUUGCGGCGUGUUGGGCUACCUAACAAAGAUGGCGCCUUCAGAUUCAGUCCCUAUUGUCUUUGUGAAUCUGUAAAUGAACAAGAGAAGAGAGCAGCUGAACGCAAGCCAGCAGGCACCUUGUCACCCCCCUCUGGUAGCCCCAGUGUCCCAUCACAGACUGUUGCUCCACGCAUGGGAUUCUUGCCAUUCUCACUAGCAUUUGGGGUUAUCCUGCAGUGCCUAAAGCAGGAAACUGACUGGAAAGUCCUGAAACUAGUCCUCAACAAGCUGCCAGAGUGUCUGCGUUACAAACUGCUCAUUCUGUCAUCUCCCUGCAAUAUAGAUCAACUGGCUGGCUCUCUCUGUGCUAUGCUUACAGACAAGACUGCAAGUGAUCGCCUUUACAUUACUCCCGAUGGCUUCUCUUGUACUGACGGCUGGCAGUGGUUCCUGUACUGA